UUGCUUUUUUUUUAAAAAAAAAUAUUUUUUAAAAUUUUAUUUAAAUCACCCUCAUAAUAAAAGAGCUCCCGUUCUAAGCCUAAAAAGAAAAAAAGAAAAAGAAAAAGCAGGGAUCUUUCUCCUCAGAGCCAGGGGGGCAGCAGCAAACCAAGCAGCGGAGCUUCCUCAGCGCUUCAAGCAGCUCCGAGACCCAUUUCCCCGCUCCCUCCGCUGGGGAGGAAACUCUUGCUCUGCCAGCCCAACAGAGGGGGAGAAAAAGGGGGGAGAGACGAGAGAGCCGAGAAGAGGAGGGAGGAGAAAAAAAAAAGGGCCAGCUGGAAAGACAAUCUGCUUCAUCUUGACUCGUCAUCAUUCCGGGAUAGUGGUGUCUGCGGGGCUCUUUGCUGACGUUGACAUGGUAGAGAAGAUUUAAAAUUGGCUGAUGUUCACAAGGAAAAGAGUCACGUGAUGUAUGAAGGCAAACACAUACACUUUUCUGAGGUUGACAAUAAGCCGUUGUGCUCGUACAGCCCCAAACUGUGCAAGCAGAGACGACUUAACGGCUACGCCUUCUGUAUCAGGCACGUUCUGGAGGAUAAGACUGCUCCCUUCAAGCAAUGUGAAUAUGUGGCCAAGUACAAUAGCCAACGCUGCACCAACCCCAUCCCCAAAUCUGAGGACCGUAGGUACUGCAACAGUCACCUGCAGGUACUUGGCUUUUUACCGAAAAAGGAGAGGAAGAAAAAGAAUGACCCCGUCGAGGAGGUAAAAGUUCGGCACCAGAUGGAUUCUGUGGCCUUCAGCCUGACAGUUCCUCCACUGGCCUUGAAGAUGCCCAAUGGACUAGACGGGAUGUCCCUCUCUCCACCGGGUGCCAGGCUUCCUCUCCACUACUUGGAAGCAGAACUGGAAGACCCCUUUGCUUUCAACGAGGAAGAUGAAGAUCUCAAGAAAGGGGCAACGGUGAAGAAGAAGCUGCAGAGCAAAUUAGCCCAGAACCGGCAGCGCCAGAGAGAAACAGAGAUUCUGAAAGUACGCCAAGAGCACUUUAGCCCUCUUCCUGCACCUUUGCAGCAGCAGCAGCAGCAGCAGCAGCAGCAGCAGCAGCAGCAGCAACAGCACUCCCAUCUCUCGCCAUUACCAACUUCUCUAAAGCCAGCAGGGCUACAGCAGGGCUUAGUCUGCAAGUCACCUCAACCUCAGAACACCAGCCUACCAGUGCAGGGAGUGGCUCCCACCACGUACACUAUAGCACAAGCCAGGCAGCUGUCUAACAAAAGGCCGCUGCCUCCCCUGCACCCUACUAGGGCUCCUGGCCCAGACCCGCCCGGGGUGGACAGGAUCCUUAUGAAAGCCACAGCCUUCUCUCCGCACUCAUCCUGUAUGAGCCGGCUACAGAGACUGGUGAAACUGUGCACUCAGAAACAGCAGCUGGAUGCUGAUCUGUUUCCGCAUUUAGGGUUGGACUGGUCGGAAGACAGUGGAGAAGAAUUGGAAGAACUGGAACAAACCUCGCCAUACCAGGUUGCAUGGUCUAUUCGGGAAGCCCUCAGAUAUGACAGGAAUGAGCCAGAUGAUGACUCUGACGCCAGCGGCAGGAGCUCCCGCAUUUCCCAACUUUGCACUUACUUUCAGCAGAAAUACAAGCACCUCUGCCGCCUGGAGCGGGCAGAAUCUCGCCAGAGGAAAUGCCAACAUACAUUCCGGAAAGCCUUGCUGCGGGCAGCCAGCCAAGAGCCGGAGUGCGCUGGGCAGCUGCUACGAGAGCUCCGAAGAGCUUCGUGUACUCGGAACAGCACAAGCCAAGCGAAGCAGAGGGACGUGUCACCAUGUAGAGGGACAACAAAGGGCGAACCAUGCACCAACAAGGCUCUUCCGUUCACUAAACAUUGUUUUCAACAUAUCCUCUUGAACCGGUCCCAGCAGCUUUUCUCAAGCUGCACAGCCAAGUUUGCAGACGGACAGCAAUGCUCUGUGCCAGUUUUUGACAUUACGCACCAGACCCCCCUGUGUGAAGAACACGCCAAAAAAAUGGAUAACUUCUUGAGAGGAGACAGCUCCCGCAAAGUCCAGCACCAGCAGCAGAGGAAACCCAGGAAAAAAACAAAGCCACCUGCUCUUACCAAAAAACACAAGAAAAAGAGAAGGCGAGGGCCACGACGUCCCCAAAAACCGAUUCCUCCUGCUGUGCCCCAAGGAAACCUCAGUAUGCCCACCAGCGUCGCACUGCCAAUGGAAAUCUCCCAUAUACGGAGCCCUUCCACACCGGAGCUGAGUACAGAUGAGUUGCCAGAUGACAUCGCCAAUGAAAUCACAGACAUUCCACACGACCUCGAAUUGAAUCAGGAGGACUUCUCUGACGUCCUGCCACGGCUGCCGGAUGACUUGCAAGACUUUGAUUUCUUUGAAGGUAAAAAUGGAGACCUCCUCCCUACGACCGAAGAGGCAGAGGAGCUAGAACGGGCCUUGCAGGCUGUGACUUCUCUUGAGUGCCUGAGUACUAUAGGAGUGCUCACACAGACAGACGGCGUGCCGGUUCAAGAACUAUCGGACAGAGGCAUAGGGGUGUUCUCCACGGGUGCUGAAACUUCAGGAAUUCAGUCCUUGAGCCGGGAAGUCAACGCGGAUCUAGGUGAGCUGCUGAAUGGGCGUAUAGUGCAUGACGAGAAUUUCUCUAGCCUGGACCUGGAUGAUAGCUUGCUCCGCUCUGCUACCUUAUCCAACCCACCUACGCCCCUGGCAGGGCAGAUUCAGGGGCAAUUCUCUGCCCCAGCCAACGUUGGCCUUACUUCUGCCACUCUGAUCAGUCAGAGUGGGCUUGGGGAGAGAGCCUUCCCCGGACAAUUUCAAGGACUUCACGAUGGCAGCCAUGCCUCCCAGAGGCCACACCCUGCCCAGCUGCUAAGCAAGGCAGACGACCUAAUCACCUCACGACAGCAAUACAGCAGUGACCAUUCACACUCCUCACCCCAUGGAAGCCAUUACGACAGCGAGCAUGUGCCGUCGCCCUACAGUGACCAUAUCACGUCCCCUCAUGCCGCCUCCUUCUCUGGCGAUAACUUGGCAGCUACCUUCUCCGCAGAGAUGCCCAUCAUAGCACAACAUCUGCUCCCUUCGCAGCUGGAGGUGCCGCUCGGUGGCGUGGUGAACCCCAGAACUCACUGGGGGAGCCUCCCCGUCAGCCUGGGCGACCCUUCUCCGUUCAGCAACCUGCUCGGUGCCGACGGACACCUGCUCUCCACCUCCCUGUCCACGCCACCCAGCACGUCGCACUCAGAGACCACGCAGCCUGCCUUCGCCACCGUCACCCCCAACAGCUCCAGCGUGCUCCCGGGGUUGCCGCAGACCAGUUUCAGCGGCAUGGGCCCUGGGUCCUCUGAACUCAUGGCCUCCACCUCCCCAAAACAACAGCUCCCUCAGUUCAGCGCCGCCUUUGGCCACCAGCUGAGCUCCCACAGCGGCAUCCCCAAGGACCUGCAGCCAAGCCACAGCUCCAUAGCGCCUCCCACAGGCUUCACAGUAACAGGUGCCACAGCUACUAGUACCAAUAACGCAUCUGCUCCCUUCACCACCUCCAGCUGAGCUCGUCUGUCUGCAAAAUUCAGGCAGUUGGGGGGACCUUACGUUCCCUCUCACCCCACCCUGGCCAACUUCUCUUUUCCUGAUUUUUGUCAUCUCCUUUUUAAAGACUUCGUUUAAAUUUAAAACAAAAAGAGGGGGCAAAAAGUCCUGAUUCAGUGCAGACCAGGGUUUCCCCGUUGCUCUGCUCUGCUCUCUUGAUCUUAUGUGCUGGUUUCUGUAUUGGUGCUCAUUUACCCCUUUCAGAUUUUGUUAUACUUAGCCAGUUAAAUAUCCCAGAUAAAAGAAUACAGCACAGGUCCCGGAUGUAACUGACCAUAGAUGAGGAAUCUGUGACCCUCUCUCUAGGUGUUGCCGCACUCGAGUUCCCAUAGUCCUUGACCACUGGCCCUCCUGCCUGCUGCUGGUGCAAAUUGGGAGGAGUCCCAGCAACUCUGGAGGGCCGCAAACUCCCUAGUCCUGCCUUAGACUGAUAAAUGAGAAGUUAGAUACAAUGGACUCUAGACCCAAAAGUGAGAUGAUACCUCAAAUAUAACUAAUGCAUGUUCCUAAGGCUCAAAUCAGAGUAUCCAGUCCCGUGAGCACCUGGGCAAGAGGUGAGGAGUUGAUUUAUUUCAAAGAAUGCAAAUGGCAUGAAAGGGGGAUCAACAUUUUGAUUUGGUAACUGGGCACUGCAGACUUAAACCAACACCAUAGUUCAAUUGUUAAUUCUGUCAGCUUAACACUGGGCUCUUAACCUCCUCUGUGAGCGCAGGGGUUUGUGUGUGUAUUUGUGUGUGUGCGUGUAUUUGAUGGGUAAAUGACAGGUUGUUUCCCUCCCUUUCUUUCCUGUUCUGAAAGACCAUCUUGAAACCAGCGACCGUUCAUACUGCAAGCUAAUUUGGUUUUUGAAGUUGGGUUGGAUGGAAGAAAGGAUGAAUUUGUAGGACAUGAGAUUGUACUUGUUGGUUCAGAGUAUCUAUGACAGUGGGGAGUUUUAAAUAAAAUAUAUAUAUCAUUGGUAUGUAGAACAGAAAGCAGAACUGAGUACUGUAAUUAAUUGCAAUGGUGUACCUGCUCAGAUAAAACAUAUGCUAAUUCCUAAAGCUGAUCAAUUAUUACAGUAGUGUUGUUGGGUUGGCAUUUUCCAAUGGAGCAUUACUUUUAACAUAGCCAAGUCUCAACCGAAACUGGCAGAAUUGUGUCAUGGGCCCCUUUCCCCACUCAAACCAAUGUGAGAUCAGAACUGCUGGAUGAUCUUACAAAGUUGUAGCAGUCUCCAGAUACUUAAUGCUUCUGGGGAUUCCUACAGCAGCUGUGAGCCCUUACAGUGCUCCGUAAUACUUUCGGAAUAUUUAGAUAUUUUUAGAAAUCUUUUGUGCAGAGUGAGGUCUGAGAAGAAAGAACAGGCAUGCUAAACAACACAUGCUACUGAAGUUAAUAGAAAAAAAAGAAAAGUGCUGGCGUUCUCCUAUCUCUAAUCAGUGAUCUUGCUAAUAAAUACAUUUUCAAAGUCAGAGAUUCUACUGUUAUCACUUCAUGCCCUCUGAAGAUCCACAGCAAUCAAACUGUAAGGAGUUUGUCAGAAUAAUGACUGCUUCCCCCACAAAAAGUUCUUUAUCAAGCAAGCUACAAGGUCUCUGCUGCUCCCCCCCCCCUUAAACAGGGCUUGUAGCUGUGCUGAUUCUCAAAAGAAAAGUAGAUUAUGCCAUUUAUUUCUCAUGAAGUCCAGUUCUGCUCAGUGGAGGCCAAUCCUUGCAAUCAUUUCUUGUUUUCUGGAGUAGACAUGGACGGAACGACCAUCUACUCCUAAGAGCAGGGCUUCGUUAUAUUUUAUGGUAAGAGGUUUGGACUGUACAUAAUUUCAUCUACUUUUUAUAAUAUAUUUAAAAAGAUACGAAGAGAGAAGAAGGCACAUUCUAGUGGAAUAUUUUAAUUGGUCUUCUGUGGGGGAUGAAGAGGGAGUUCAACUUUCUCUUUGUGACUGAAGCAGUUGUUUCCUGUCUAGCUUUUCUACUCCGCUUUCAAAUGGUGCUCAAGUGAGAAUCUGGUACAGGCGCCCUCCUCCUCCCAGACCUUUUGGGCAGGAGAGGGUUCCAGGAAUUGCCUGUCUGAAUCCCAUAAAUUUGAACUAUUGCCUUCUUUUAAAAAGCUGUGCUUAUUAUUUUGAGAGGAUCAGGGAGUUUGCCCCUGGAAAUAAAAGUACAUGUUGCUGGAAAACAUUUUUAUGCUUUUUAACCUUGUGAAAUCCCUCCCUGCAUUUGAAAUUGAACUGUAUAAUAAACAUCUAAGUGUGUUCCAAA